AUGCCGACCGCCGCAGAGACCACCACGCUGCCCCCGUCGCCCCUGGAAGGGCUGGGCGGGCUGAACGGGAAGCUGGACGCAGCGGCGGGCGCGACCUGCUGCGACGAAGCGAGCGCGGCGGCGUCCGUGCCGCCCCCGCAGGCGGCGGCGGCGGCGGCGGCGGCGUCUGUGCGGGCGGCCAGCGCUCGCCGCCCGCCGUGGUUCGCCAGCCUGCCCGACCCCGCGCGCCACCAGGACUUCUUCCGGGAGGCGCUGGAGGUGCUGGUGCAGCAGGCCGUCUUCCAGGGCACCGCCCGGGACAGCAAGGUGCUGGAGUGGCGGUCGCCGGAACAGAUGGGCGCCCUCGUCGACCUGCAGGUGCGCGACGCGCCAGUCGACCACGACCAGCUCAUCCAGUACGUCAAGGACAUCAUCAAGUACAGCGUGAAGACGGGCCACCCUUACUUCGUCAAUCAGCUCUUCUCCAGUGUGGACCCGUACGGGCUGGUGGGCCAGUGGCUGGGCGACGCGCUCAACCCGAGCGUGUACACGUACGAGGUGUCGCCGGUGUUCACGCUCAUGGAGGAGACGGUGCUGCGCCAAAUGCGGCGAAUCGUUGGCUUCGCCGACGGCCGCGGGGACGGCAUCUUCUGCCCCGGAGGCUCCAUCGCCAACGGCUACGCCAUCAGCUGCGCGCGCUUCCACGCCGCGCCCCAUGUCAAGACAAAAGGUCUGCAUGGCUUACCUCGAAUGGUCCUCUUCACUUCUGAAGAUGCUCAUUACUCGAUCAAGAAACUUGCAUCAUUUUUGGGUCUGGGGUCAGAUAACGUCUUGAUGGUGAAAUGUGAUUCGAAUGGAAAAAUGGAUUCUGUCCAUUUGGAGCAACUGGUACUCCAAGCUCAGGAAGAAGGGGCUUUGCCAUUCAUGGUGUCUGCAACAGCAGGAACAACUGUCAUAGGGGCUUUCGAUCCUAUACCAGCAAUUGCUGACAUCUGCAAAAAGUAUAACAUGUGGUUACAUGUAGAUGCUGCAUGGGGAGGAGGUGCUCUGAUGUCUCGAAAAUACAAGCAUCUCCUAGAAGGAAUUGAAAGAGCUGAUUCUGUCACCUGGAAUCCACACAAGCUUCUGACUGCUCCUCAACAGUGUUCAACAUUUUUGACAAAACAUGAGACUGUACUUUCUGCUUGCCACUCUGCCAGUGCUCAAUACCUUUUCCAAAAGGACAAAUUCUAUGACACUCAGUAUGACACUGGGGACAAGCAUAUUCAAUGUGGCCGCCGUGCUGACGUUCUAAAAUUCUGGUUCAUGUGGAAAGCUAAAGGCACAUUAGGACUUGAGCAACACAUUGACACGGUGUUUGACAAUGCUGAGUAUUUCACCCAGCAGAUUAAGAAGACAGAAGGCUUUAGGUUAUUGAUGGAGCCACAAUGUACCAAUAUCUGUUUUUGGUACAUUCCUCCCAGUUUGAGAGGGCAGGAAGACAGAGAGGAUUUUAAUGACCUUUUACACAAGGUUGCACCAAAAAUUAAGGAACGCAUGAUGAAGACUGGUUCGAUGAUGGUUACCUACCAGCCUCUUCGUGGACUGCCAAAUUUCUUUCGGUUGGUGCUCCAAAAUUCUGGACUUAAUCAUGACGACAUGGAUUUUAUCAUUCAAGAAAUACAAAAUCUUGGCAGAGAUCUGUAAUUUUAAUGUGAAUUGUUGUAAAGUUAUUCGUGUGAUUGUGAGUGUAUAUAACAUUUCAGUAUUAAACUUUAACUCGUGCUCCAUACUUUAAAAAUAAGGUUAAUAGUGGAUAAAAAAUAUUGGCAGCGGUGGGAUUCGAACCCACGCCUCCGAAGAGACUGGUGCCUUAAACCAGCGCCUUAGACCGCUCGGCCACGCUACCACGCAAAGUUGAGUCAUAACAUAUGAUCUUUGUGGUAGCCAUAUUCUUUGUAUAUUAGAAACUUCGAUUUUUACUAUAAUAAAAGCGUAUAAUUUUGUUCAAUA